ACCACAACCACCACCACCACCACCACGCCCACUCCUUGUCCAACGCCGCCGCCUCCGCAGCGCCGCCGCGCCGCGGUCGCGUCUCGUUCCCGUGUCCCCCUCUUCCCCACGCCCUCCCUCCCCUUGUGCCCUCCCUUCCUUGCGUCGCACAAGCCUUGUUUGAUCGCAUGGACAAUCUCGACAAAGGCUCGUCUACCCUCCGACGCUGGCGUCGGCGCCGCACGCAGCAAGUAAUGUUGCGGCCGCGGCGGCGGCGGUGCAGUGACUGGCCGGCAGGACUGGGGUUUGUGUUUUACCUCGUCGUCUGCCCUUGGCUUGCUGUUCGUCUGAUUCAAGUGACCCACAAUUCCUCGGAAACAUUCCUCUCUAUUUACUCUUGUUCCACACCAGUGUCGCUGACGCAUUUUCUCAUUGUCCCUCUACUCUCCGUCUCUCUCUCACUCUCAACACUCUCCUUCAUUCUUCUUCAACCCCUUUUUCAACUGUGAACCCCCCACCCAUCGACCCUUGAUCCUCGACCACUUGCCCCCCCCGGACACCCCAACACCCCUACAACAACAACAACAACACACCCAUCACUCGUUACAAUUUACGACUAAUUGAAACCGUCGCGACUUGGCAAACCCCCCCGACCGCCUUCUUUGCACCGUCACUUUUGUUCUGGCCGGCGAUCACUUUGGUUCAUCAUCAUCAUCGUCCAUCUGACACACAACACCCCAUCGACAACUUGACCCACUCUUAACCUGGCAUUGCCCACCACACGAUCGUCACCUGAUUCGAUAUCACACGCAACACUUUCCGCCCACCCGCUCCUUCGUUGUUGCCACGCAUCGCCCUCGUCGUCCUCAUCAUCGUCCCCACCCAUGUUCAUCUGUUGGCCACCGUUGCGCCCUUGCUAAACCGCUCAACGAUCAACACAUCGGCCAUCUCACACCCCUCCCCCGCCCUUUGCGCCCUUCCCAUCUCGGUUGCAUGGCUUUUGAAACCGCAGCCCUAGCAAGGCGACAUUGCUAAGCCCCCCCCCCUCUCCGCGUCCGCGUCCGCGUCAUGAAGACUGCGACACUGCCGACUAUUCUACCUUUAAACGCUAUGGCUCAGUCUCCGUCAUUGAAGCUGGAGCCUCCCCUUGUCUCACCAACCCACAUCCCCAAGUCGGCACAGAACCUUGCGUCCCCUCGCCAGGUCCUGCCCCCCUCCCCUGCUUCAAACAACACCGACCACGGCGCACCUCCCGGCGCCCGCCCACCAAUGAUCCGUCGUGGAUCCCGCUUUGACCCCAUGGGACAUACCGCAGAGGACGAGGAGGAUGCCUAUGGAGACCUUGGCACUCGGCAUCCUCUGCGCAAAAUCCGCGAGGAUGUUCUGCCCGAACGCAACCCCAACGAGAGCGUGAGCCUUCCAGGCAUCAAAGCGCUCCUCAACGCUACCGACCAGCCCCCACUGGCAUCGCCCUUUGCCCAGUCCUUCUUCACAUCGCCGAGCGUCAACUCGAGUGCAUCGGCAACUUCCCCCCUCGGCUCGCCUACGUCUAGAACCUCGAGGUUCUCAUCGUUUGCUUCAUCUGUCGCCGAGGGAACCCAGGGCUGGUGGGCUCCAGAGGAACGGUCUCAUUCCUUUUCCGGCUACCCUCAGCCGCCGUCGCGCUCGGGCUCCUUCAGUGCCCGUAUGGUCGACGACGACGGGCCUGACGUCAAGCGUCGCAGAUCCGACCUUGCACCCACGCUUCCCGACGCCGACGAGAUUGCCCGUCUAAAAUGGCAAGCCCAGAGCAGAAACGCCUCGUUUCCUGUUACGGGCUCCAUAUCGACUGGCUCCAGUGGACUUCGCUCAAUGCUCUACCCUCCCCCCGCAAUGUCUGGUAACCACUCGCGCGGCUCCAUGUCUGGUCCUUUGUCGUCGCCCCUGUCACCGCCCAUUGAGUCGCCGUUUCAGCAACAUCACAACCAGUCUCGCCAAGGCUCACUAACUGGCCCACUAGCGCGCUCGUUCGCCGACCUCAGCGCAUCAGAGCGCAGCCCCUCGCAUGGCAUUCCUCGAACAACGUCGCCGACGCCAAUUGAAAGGCGCCCUUCCCUGUACUCUCGGAGUUCACUAUCCAACGAGUCUGUACCCCAGGUACCCUCUCGCCGGACGUCUUUGGCAACACUACCCUCAGCCACCUCGGCGAGCGCAGACCCGCCCCAGCGCGGCGCUCUGACUCGUCCGCCGUCUCCAGAGCCAUCGGCACGGCCUCCUCGUCGAUCUUCUCUGGCAGAACUCAUCAUGGCCAAGAGCGGCGACGACAUUGCCAUUGCCAAGGGCGGUCGCUUCUUCACACCGCCAGUCACCUCGACCACGGCCCCCGAACGCACUCCUGAACAGCUUCAGCCCCAGCCGCAGCAACAACAGCUGUCCGCGCCGACCAACCCUUCUUGGCUCACACGUCGCGAGUCGACAGAUUCAGUUCGCUCGGCGUCCUCGCUCCCCGGCCACGUCUUUGCUGGAGAACCCGACCACGGUGGGCCAAGUGUACCUCGUCGACGCAGUGCAGUUGUACCCAGCGUUUCCAAAAUGGGACCCGACUCUAGGCGCUCGUUUGCCAUGGAAGAAGACGAGCUAGCCGACCCCAAGAGCGACCCGGGCAUGCGUGGAAUGGAAGUUCUGGCGGAAUCUGCGCGUCGCGUGGCCGAUGCCGAGCGAAAGGACAGCAACGACGAUCGCGACGCUAGCCCCUCCAAGCCAAACAGUGGCGGUCCCAGCUCUGGCCCCAAGUACCCCUGCCAAUACUGUGCAAAGACAUUCUCACGUCCGAGCUCUUUGAGAAUUCACACGUAUAGCCAUACCGGUGAAAGGCCAUUUGUGUGCAAGGAGCCGUCAUGUCGUCGGCGAUUCUCGGUCCAAUCCAACCUCAAGCGUCAUGCCAAGGUGCAUCAACUACAAGCACAGCAGGCACAAGCAGCAGUUCAGAUGGGAGGAAUGCGCGGCGGACCGGGCGGCCCACACCAAAUGCAUCCGGGUCCGCACCCUGGAGCGGCCCCUCAGCAAGCUCCUCCGCCUCAGCAUGUUUAUGGAUAUCCGCCACACCAACAGAUUCACCCGUCGCACAUGGGACAUCCCGCUCAUGGGCCGCCUGGUCCCUACGGACCGCCUCACAGCUUUGGGCCUGGUGGUCACCCCCCUCCCCCUGGGUUCGAAAUGGGACGCCCCGGGCCGCAAGGGCAGCACUUUGCACCGGUUCCACACCGUGGCGGGGCUCCGCUAGGCCAUGAGCAGGCGCGUGCUGCCCACUACCACGAGACGCAACGGCGGCGCUCGCACGACGAGCAUGCCGGACCGGGCCGAUCCGGCCACGCCCAGCGUGGUCCGGGCGGUGGCGGCGAAGGUGGCUGGGGCAGCGAGGAGGAGGACGAGGAUGAGCUCGACGAUGAUGAGGACUAGGGGGAGGUGUUGGGGGAGGGGGGAAGCGACUCUGUGUGUGUGAAGGGGAGGGAAGUUGACCUUGUAGAGUAGUUUUAUCCCGCGCGCUGGCCGUCACUUCGCGUUUGUUUUGUCCUGUCUGCUCAUUAUUCCUAUCUAUCCCAUCAUGUUUUGGCUAGCUGAGCGCCAAAUGCAAUCAUCAUCAUUG